GCAACAAAAUAGGAAAAAUGCAAAGGGGGUUGAAUACUUUCGCAAGCCACUGUAGUACUUUAUGACUGUGCUGCUGACUUGUACAAAGAACUAUCAACUACAAUUCUCUGUCCUGUAGAUUUGGGCUGGAACGUGGGUAGUCAGUCAGUCAGUCAGUCAGGAGCAAUAACAUAUUCUAUAACAGCAAUAACUAUUCUCAGGCACAUUAUUUAUAGAAAUACUAUACAUAGUCACAGUCUUAGAGUUAGAGUAAAUACCAAACCUGAAUUAUAAUAUCAUAUGUUUUGACCGGUUUCAACUCAUAGAGGGUCUAUUUUUUAGUAGUCUAUCAUUGAGUACUAGCUUUAAUCCCGUUUCUUAAUUUGCCCCUUACGAUGAACAAUGCCUUCGGUAGGCUGUUGGUUUCUUACAUGAGCAGUCGUUAGUCAACUCAGAACUGCUUAUGAUCAGUGAUUGGAACAGACAGGUCUGCAUUUCUCCUCAUAGGCCUACACGUCACUGCCUUAAAAAGGAACUACAGAUUCCCAUUCUACUUUCAUUCCGUGGGUAUCAUAGUUCUGUGGGCAUCACAGCCACACGGAACUCUUGUAAGUUCCACUUCCAUUUAGCCACCGUUGUAAACCAUUACUGUUCCCGAAAGCUAACAGAACAACAAAUAGACUUCGGCUCCAGACAAUGUUGUUAUGUAUGGAAAAGAAAUCCCACGUCAUCACCACACAUUUGCAUUUAGAUUAGAUAGUUUAACAUUCUUCUUCUGUUAUGACAAUGUAACAACUGUAUAACUAUGCUGCUUUGUAUGAUGUGUCCAAAACGUCCCCAUUAUAAUAUUAUUCAAACCUGGUAUAUUCUUUAGACUGUUGAAUGAGGCAUCAUUCAGUGUGUGGAAUCCUCUGCACUGCUCUCUCUAUAGAUGUACUUCAUACAUGCAUGGCCUUUCAGAGCUAAACAGUAAGUGAGUGAAUGGGAGAGGAAUGAAAUGAAACUACGAAAUAUAAAAGCAAGAUUGAUAAGUAGCCUAAGGGUGAACGUGAAGCACAACUCCUUGAUGUGCCUAUAAACCUUUGAGGACAGCAUAACCACCUGGUUCAUAUAUAUGACUGUUGCAUCUUUGUAUGUAUACCCAUAUUAAUAUCGCCAAACAAUACAUUGUUGUGCGAUGUAUUCAUUGGAAAAUAAGUAUUUUGUAGAAAUGUGUCUGGUUGUGUAUGAAUUUGGAAUCAAUGAAACAAUGUUGAUCCAAACCUGAUGUCGAAGUCUGCACGAACGAGGCAUGAGCGUUUAAAGGUGAAAAUGAGCGAAUAUUGGACAGUGAUCAAGAGGAUGAAGCCAUAGGUUGUUUGUUUGUUUGGGAGGAGGAUUCAUAUGCGCUGGGUUUGACGGCAUCAUCCUCUGACUUCACUUUUUAAUAAUUUAACAAUUAGAGUUGAUUUGUGACCAACAAUUAGACAGUGAGAUUGACACAUAGCCUACCUGUAGACCUACGCCAAUUCCUUGUAUUUUCUCCUGCCCCCACUAGUCUCGACCCCGCCCACACUUCACGUUAUUGAAGGAAGAAGAAUUUGCUGCAGUCCCUCGUAUUUUGCAUUUUGCAAGAAUCUUUCCCCGUGUGCUUAGAAAGAAAUUAAGUGUUGCUUAAUUGGACUAGCCCGCCUGCGUUGAGAGCCCCAACGGGAGGGAAUAUAUAGAGGUACCUUCACUCAGCAUCAGUGGAACAUGGACAGCGAGGGCAGAAAGGUUGUCGUCUGUGACAAUGGCACAGGGUUUGUCAAGUGUGGCUUCGCUGGCUCCAACUUCCCCGAGCACAUCUUCCCUGCGUUGGUGGGUCGGCCCGUCAUUCGUUCAAACACCAAGGUCGGAAACAUCGAGAUUAAGGACUUGAUGGUGGGUGAUGAGGCCAGUGAGUGUCGCUCCAUGCUGGAGGUGUCCUACCCCAUGGACAACGGCAUCGUGCGCUCCUGGGAAGACAUGCUUCACCUGUGGGACUACACCUUUGGCCCUGGGCGCCUCAAUAUCAGCCCCCCAGACUGCAAGGUGCUGCUGACGGAACCGCCCAUGAACCCCACUAAGAACCGGGAGAAGAUUGCUGAGGUCAUGUUCGAGACCUACCAGUUCCAUGGCAUCUAUGUGGCCAUCCAGGCCGUGCUCACACUUUAUGCCCAGGGGUUGCUAACGGGUGUGGUUGUGGAUUCGGGUGACGGUGUGACUCACAUCUGUCCCGUAUACGAGGGCUUCUCUCUCCCCCAUCUCACGCGCAGGCUGGACAUCGCAGGGCGUGACAUCACACGCUACCUCAUCAAGCUGCUGUUGCUGCGUGGCUAUGUCUUCAACCAGUCGGCGGACUUUGAGACGGUCCGCAUGAUGAAGGAGGAACUAUGCUACGUGGGAUACAACAUAGAUCAGGAGCAGAGACUGGCCACAGAGACCACCGUGCUAGUGGAGUCAUACAUACUCCCUGAUGGUCGUCAGGUGAUGGUGGGAGGGGAGCGGUUUGGGGCCCCUGAGGCCCUCUUCCAGCCCCACCUCAUCAACGUAGAGGGAGCCGGUGUGGCUGAGCUGCUGUUCAACACCAUCCAGGCUGCUGACAUAGAUCUCAGGUCUGACUUCUACAAGCACAUUGUGCUGUCUGGAGGCACCACCAUGUACCCCGGCCUUCCCUCCAGACUGGAGAGAGAGAUCAAACAGCUCUACCUGGAGAGGGUGCUGCAGGGGGACACCGAGAAGCUCUCUAAGUUUAAGAUCCGCAUUGAGGACCCUCCACGGCGUAAACACAUGGUGUUCAUGGGUGGAGCAGUGCUGGCCAACAUCAUGAAGGAUAAGGAGUCCUUCUGGCUGAGCCGGGCUGAGUACCUGGAGAAAGGCCUAAGGGUUCUGGACAAACUGGGAGGAGGCGUGAGAUAAAGGGGAACUAGGGGUUAGGUAGGGUUUCACACACACAAGGUCUGGGGGUGCCGGACAAACUGGGGCGCGGCAAUAGAUAGAAGUCCUCGGUCGUAUUGACUUGGCACAAAUGGAAGAAAACGCUGUGCUCUAAUGAACACGACACUGGAUAAAAUGGGGGCCGGGGUCAGCUAGACUUAAUACAAAACAAAGAGUAUAUGAUACUGUGUUAAAAACUGUGAUUCUGUAAUUGAGAAAUGAUAAUGCUUUCCUGGAUGCAUAGGGGCCAGCCAUUAGCUCGGAUUAGAAAUCUCUGUUAUAAGUCUGUUAUAAGAAGCAUGACAUGGAAUAGCAUUUUCCUCUUCGUAACAAUCAACUUUCCAAGAUGUUUUCAUUGUCAAAUUGACAUAUUGUAUUGCAUACAAUACAACAAUUACACAGUACAAUUACACAAUAGAAGUGUGCAAUUGUAAUGUUUCACAUUUUUACCAUUUUAAUUCUCACUGUGUCAAAUUGAACCCUUUUGAUGUAGCUCGUCAUGUUGUUUCAAAUGCAUAUGAAAAGAAACACAACUGACUUUAAUCUAAAUGCCAAAUUGAAUAAAGUGAAUGUUAUGGUCUUUCAUGACUGAA